AUUAACCGAUGCUUAAUUCGAACAUGUAGUAUUCGUGAUCGAGCGACCGAACUGGGCAAUAAGUGAACGAGCGAAACGAAAAGAAGAACGAGUUUCGUCAGAAUAAACGUCUCCAUUUUUUCUUUAUUCGUACUGUAUUACGAUCCGAAUUUCCGUAUGAUCUGUGCGUGAUUUAUGAAAGAUAGGCAGUGUAGCCUGCUUUUUCAGUUUCCGAUUGUCUAUAUUUUAUUUCUUUUCAUCAACCACCUUUUUAUCAGCGAUACUUGAACAGACAGUGACUCAGAUAUUGUUAUCUGCGUUUUUUCCGUUUUUCCGGAUGUAAAGACCUUUCGAAAGAAUUUUCAAAAUCGACGUUUACAUAAAAAACAGGAGACUGAGCGUAGAAUGAGCUGCGCGGAUAAACACGGCAACGCAAACAAACAGUAAACAUCGUGUAUUCUUUGUUAAUUCAGUUUUUAUAACCGGCAAUUAUUCAACCCAACAUGGUUCAUCUACGGCGUAAGAUUUUAUCCUAUGGAAAUCUGAUUAAUCAGCUACAACAGAACGUAAGAUGGAACUCUUCUUUAAAAACUAAAGACAAGAAUUCUAUACAACCACUGCGUUCCUUUAAGUAUGCAGACUUAUCUGUACGUUUGGCUGGGCCAAAUCAAUUAAAUCCUAAACCUGACGUUAAUAAACUCUCAUUCGGUAAAUAUUUUACUGAUCACAUGCUCAAAAUAAAUUAUUAUGAAGGUAUAAAUGGUUGGCAGACACCAGAAAUUAUGGCUUUUGAAAAUAUAGUUCUUCAUCCAGCAGCAAAAGUACUUCAUUAUGCUGUGGAGUUGUUUGAAGGUAUGAAAGCUUAUAGAGGUGUUGAUGGCAAAAUAAGAUUAUUUAGACCAGAGCUAAAUAUGGAGAGAAUGAAUAAUUCAGCAAUAAAAGUUGGUCUACCUCCCUUCAGAGGAGAAGAAUUAAUUAAGUGCAUUUGCAGAUUGAUUAGUAUAGAUCAAGAAUGGGUUCCACACUCUACUGCCUCUAGUCUUUAUAUUCGUCCUACGCUUAUAGGCAUUGAUCCCACACUUGGAGUGGUAACUUCCGAUUCAGCUUUAUUAUACGUAAUCAUGUCUCCAGUCGGAAAUUACUUUAAAAGUUCGGGACAGCAAGCCGGGAUUUCCCUGCUUGCAGAUCCCAGAUAUACAAGAGCAUGGCCUGGUGGUAGUGGCGACGUUAAAUUAGGCAGUAAUUAUGGACCUACGAUACAAGUGCAACAGGAAGCCAUUGAAAAAGGCUUGCAACAAGUACUAUGGCUAUACGGAGAAAACCACGAACUCACAGAAAUUGGUACCAUGAACGUUUUCGUAGUUUAUAUAAAUGAUAAUGGAGAGAAAGAACUGCUCACCCCACCUUUAAAUGGCUUAAUUUUACCCGGAAUUGUGAGGAACUCGCUUCUAAGUAUAGCAAAGCAAUGGAAUCAAUUCAAAGUUUCGGAGAGGUCUAUCACAAUGAGUGAGAUUAUGCGAUUACUGUCAGAAAACAGGCUGUUGGAAAUAUUUGGAGCGGGUACAGCAUGCGUGGUCAGUCCUGUAUCUUAUAUUGACUUCAUGGAUCAAGAAUUGCACAUACCAACAACAAAACAAUCUGAGCCAGUUUAUCAAAUGCUCAGAAAAUAUUUACUGGACAUACAGUAUGGUGUUAUAUCUGACCAUCCAUGGUGUAUAGUCAUCGAGUGAAAUAAGUGAUAGAAGAUUCUCGUCAUAUUGAACGUUGUACGAUUCUUUUAGUGAUCUGCGGAUUGACUUAAAUUAAUAUUUAUUUAUAUGCACGAUAGCUUCUAAGAUAAAAGUGUGUUAAAAAGCAUUAUGCAAUAUUUAGAAACUGUACUAUUUUUAGAAUUCUUCGUUUGACUUUCUUUUAGAUAAAAACAUCCUGUCUUUUUCUAUAACAACAUUUUACGCAAUGUGCCAAUUUUUAUUAUUAAUAUUGACUGAUAUAUAAUUGAAGCGUAUACACAAAUCUAAUUGUGUAUUAAAAUAAGAUUAUGUGUACAUAUUUAAAUAAUGAACGAAUAAUUGCAUUCUGCAAUACAAUUAUUGCGUU